AUGGCCAAUGACAAUACUAACAUCCCUCAUUCGCAGAGCAGCUCGCCGGGGACUGCAUCUACAGCCGCUGGAGGGAAGAUUUGGAGCCCAACCGGAAAACACGAAAAAUCUCCAGGUACCACUCCUUCGAAUCAAGGAACCGCUGAAAAGGGGAAGGCAGGGGGAGCCCAACAGCUGGGUAAACCGCCGCCAUGGCCCGGAACUGCAGAACUUGGGCAACUCUCGCAUGCACAGACGGGAAAUCAAGAUGUCGUGAAGUUUAACCCUUUGCAACAGAAACAACGGAGAGCGCGAGCAGCGCUGAAGAAAUUGCGUGAACCCCCUAAAGAGAUUAGGCCGGACUGGACGCCGGAUCAUCCUCGUAUACUGUCGGACAAUAUCAAACACAUUAUCGAUGCGACCCGUGAUCCGGCGGAACUGAGAUAUAACCACGGAAAAAAAGAUGAUGAUGACAAUAGGCGUUCAGAGGAAGAAGAGCCCCCACCCCCGACUCAAACUAGACAGGCACAGCAGGCAAUUCCUGGACAGACAGGAACUUCAAGCCAGCCAGCAUCUCAAGGCCACAAACGGCAGCGCGAAGAAGAGGGCAGGGCUUCAGAUGAACCCGACAUCAGGAGCAUCACGGCCGAAAACCAGCGGCCAUUGAAAAGAGUGAAGUUGAGAACCGGCAUCACGCAGCACGUGCCGGAAGAGCUCACAACCCUGCGACCCCAACCUCUGCGGUUGAGUUUCCCUCCUCAUCCUGCCGACGAUCGCAGCGAUGCAUGGUUCGUCGAGGAGUUCCGCAAGCUGUUUCGGCGGAUAGACAGGUUUGCCCAGGACUACUUUGCUCGGCAUGACCUCGAUGAAGGGGAGUUCCACCAGCCGUGGGCCGCGGACAUGUCUCCCGAGUUCCUGCGGUACGUCGAGCAGGUGGCGGAAGCCGACCCCGCGGUUGGGGGUUGGGAUAACUUGCUCCGGGAUACGGUGCAGAGGAAAUGGCUCAUCGUGGCAGUCAUCAUGCGAAUCCUGGAAGUAAAGGUCUUUGGCGCUGACCUCUGGGGUGCGGAUGCAGAAGAGAAAGAAGUCUUGCUUGGCUUGGAGAAAGCCCUUUUGACUCGAGAAGGUAGGAUCCAGCAUCCUUUGACUCGCAAGAGACGCAAUGGAGUUGCUAACCCGCCCUCUCCAGGAUUCUCCCGUAACGCCGUCCGCUCUCACAUGGUCCGUACCAUUGUCGGAAAGGGACCAGUAACCAAAUACUUCCACCCCGAAGUAGCACAGCUCACGGCCCAAGUGGCACUCCUUUUCAACCCUCUCUCCGACUUCCUCUACAGGAGGCCUCCAACAGACGGCCGCGCCAACCCCCAGAUGGCAGACCAAUACCAGGCUCUCCACAACAUAAUCUCCACCGCCGCCUACCUCUCAAUCUGCAUCCGCCUCUCCCCCACCAUCUUCUACUUCACCGCCCUCACCCCCAACACCCCCUACGACCCAGCCGACCAACACAGUCUCGAGUCGCUCCUCUACACCCACAGCAAAGCCGCCGUCCUGCACUCCCGCACCGUCGCCCUCUCCAUCUUCCAAAACCGAACAUCCCACCUAACCACCACCCUCGCCCGUCUCCAGACCGCCGGCCACCGUCCCACAAGCCGCAUCUACAGACGCGCCCAAGCGGCGCUCGACUCGCAUCUGCGCACCCAGGCACAGCCCCUAUCACGCACCCACCGCGCACUCGUGAAGAUCGCCAUCUGGCCCGCGAUCCGCCGCUUCAAGCCUGGCUCCUCCCAGGACGAAAGACUCAACAUCCCCCUAGGAUCCCGCGACGGUUUCCGAAUCUUCGACGUCGGGAAAGCAGCCGCAGUCUUCUAUUACGGGAUGGAAAACAGGAGGGAGGCGCUGAAGGGGAGGACAAGCUUGGAGGCGCUGGCAAGGAUGAAAAGGAGGAGGUAUGGCGAGAGAGAACCUGGCGUAGGUAGGGGAGUGGUGUUGUUCGCGGCCGCGGCUGCGGCGGCUGCGGUUGCGGGUAUCCCGGCGGCUUUGGCUUAUGGAGAGGGAUUUAGACGCGUGGCGGAAGAGUAUUUGGGUGGUGUUUUUGCGAUCCCAUCUUUGCCAGCAAACUCCUUUUUGGGAUCGGUUGCUCAGCUUAUAGGCGAAGCUCUCUUCCUGUACUCGGCCAAUUUUGGGCAUGAUUGUUGGAUGAUGCAGCCUGAGAUGAUUAAUUUGCAUUUCCUUUUCGUAGCUAGAAAUUGUAAACAUUAUGUAUAG